AUCCUGCUGCGUGGCCGUUUUCUUGAUCGAUUCUGGUCCUGAAUCGGUAUGAGCAGAAAGGUCAUGGAAAUAUCGGAAAUUAACUAUUUUUUCUAGAUAUCGAAAACACUAUUUCCAGCCUAUCAGCAAAAGCUACUGGUUUGCUAGUGGAACUUCUCUGCCAUCAGCCAUGGCCCUCCUCCUCUCAACUCAACACCACCGCCUCCUUCUUCCCUUUCCAAGUCUGCAUCAAGACCUCCCUUCCUACUGUCCGACUAUCAGAUACCCAUUAAAACGGAGGUUACCCAAUGCCUCCUUGAAUGCACCGCCGGAGUCCCGGCUGAAUUUCGAUCUGAAGGAAGGGCAGCAUCGCCACUUCCACAAACUACCUUCUGGCUUGAACAUGGAGGUCAUAGUCCAGACCGGAUUUAGGGAAGAAACAAGUGAAACAGUGCCUCCUAAGCCUCCCUUGGUGUUUGUCCAUGGCAGCUUCCACGCCGCUUGGUGCUGGUCUGUUCACUGGCUGCCCUUCUUCUCUAGCUUCGGAUACGAUUGCUACGCUCUUAGCCUACUUGGGCAGGGCGAGAGCGAUGUGCCCGUAGGACAGAUUCCUGGUUCUCUGCAGACACAUACGAGGGAUGUUGCUAACUUCAUCCAGGAAGUACUUCCUUUACCACCAGUGUUGCUUGGUCACUCAUUCGGAGGACUUGUCGUCCAGUCCUAUAUCUCUAAUAUGAUAUCUGGACACGCCAAUUCUAAGUCAGGAGAGGAUAUGCAUCGUCAGCUAGCAGGAGCUGUUCUUGUAUGUUCUGUGCCACCCACUGGCAACAGUGGGUUGAUAACACGGUACAUCUUCUCAAAACCCGUUGCUGCUUUUAAGGUUACAUUGAGCUUAGCUGCAAAAGCUUUUGCAACCUCUCUGAGCCUUUGCAAGGAAACAUUUUUUUCUCCAAACAUGGAUGACCAUCAAGUGAAGCAAUAUCAAGAGCUAAUGAAGGAAAGUUCAAAGGUUCCACUAUUUGAUCUCAGGAAACUGAAUGCGACCUUGCCAAUACCAUUAGUACCAAAGGAUUCCGUUGAUAUCCUUGUAAUGGGUGGUACUGAUGAUCUUAUUGUGGAUUAUCAAGGGAUCGAGGAAACAGCUAAGUUUUAUGGUGUCUCUCCAGUUCGUGUAGAAGGGGUUGCUCAUGAUAUGAUGCUAGAUUCUGCAUGGGAGAAGGGAGCAAAUGUGAUCUUAUCGUGGCUAGGAGAGCUGGACAAAGAGCUUGUUUCAUGAGUCUUUUGCAUACGAAGUUUGCUUUCCAUGGUCCUGUAUGUGUGGGUUUCUCCAUGGUUUUCACAUACACAUGCAUUCGUGCAUACCCAACACUCACAUGUCUCUUCGUUAGCAACACGAAAAUGGCGUGGGGAAGAAGCAACAUCUUGGUCUCAAUUUGAGGUUGCUUUCAUUUUCUUUUUCAGUCAGAUUGACACCAAAUGUCAAUAGUUAAUUGUUUUUGCUUCAUUUUUGUGAACUUAUCAUGCUUAGUCAAAGCAUCUUUUUCUUUUUGAGAGGGUUAGGCUUCCCAUCACGACUUGAGAUACCAUGUAUGGUCAUACAUCAAUGGUCACUUGUAUCAUAAAGGCCUUGUCUUUUAGUAUUCAAAGUGCUACCAUUCAAUCA